AUGGCGCUGGUCCAUGGCCCCGUGCUCAGCUUCCCAUGGACACACCGAGGAGGCGUGACACCCUCACAUAACCAUGACGUUCAGCAGACCUUCAAGGGAGCCGCAUUUAUCAUGGCAGAAUGCUUUAGCUGGUUAUCCUUCAUGAUUCUGCACGAUGUCACGCUUAAAUCGUAUCCCGCGGAGUUAUCUCUCACUGUCUGGAUCUGCAUCUUAGGAGCGUUUGAAGGAGCAAUAGUUGCAUUGGUCAUGGACAAGACCAAUGCAACAACCUGGGGAGUGUUCUCUUCUGGAGUUACCUACUUUCUACAAGGGGUCGUGAUGAAGCAAAGAGGGCCGGUUUUCGUGACCGCGUUCAGCCCUCUGAACGUGAUCGUUGGGGGGCUUUAUUUGUUUGUCUGGGGUAAGAAGAAAUAUGGUGAUAAAUCCGGUCUAUCGGCUGAAGAUGAAGAGAAAAAUGAACAAACUGAAAAUGUUACUGGACAAAUCAGCAGCAGUGUUUAA